AUGGCUGAACGAAUAAUUGGGCUAUCGCCUCCGUCUCCGUUCGCGUUCGAAGGAAAUCUUGCUGAAUCGUGGAAGCAAUGGCAAAAGGCCUUGGACUUUUACCUAACAGCUACGGAAUCGGAUUCAAAAUCUGACAAGGUAAAAACUUCAAUUCUCUUGACGUGUAUAGGCGAAAAAGGGCGCGAAAUUUAUGACACUUCUAAGUUUGAAAAUGCUGGCAACAAAUUGAAACUAAAACCUGUUCUCAAGAAAUUUGAAGAGUAUUGCAAUCCUCGUAGCAACACUACCUUUGAGAGACACAAGUUUUUUACAUACCGCCAGGAAGAAGGACAAACUUUUACUAGCUUUGUGACAGAACUGAAGAAACGCAGUGCAGCGUGUGAAUUCGAUACUUUGAAAGACUCGCUUAUUAAAGACAUGGUCAUUUGUGGUAUCUCUGACAAUGCCCUUCGUGAGAGAAUGCUUCGUGAGCCUAACAUCAAUCUACAAAAAGCAGUCGAGCUUGGUCAAGCCUCCGAGCAAACCAAACUACAUGCUCAGCAACUUACUGAAGACAUGGAAAAGAAAAUCCACAAAGGCAAAAGCAAGAGAAGGAAAGGCGAGACAAAAACCGAGAUAGGUUUAAAUCUCAUUCUCCAGAAAGAGAUAAUUUAAUAAAGAACUGCAAAUUUUGUGCAGGUCGACACCAACGUGGAAAAUGCCCGGCGUAUGGUCAAAAGUGCAACAAGUGCCAACGUAGAAAUCACUUUGCCAGGUGCUGUAAACAAACAGUGCAUCAAGUCGAUGACUCUCAAGAUCGUGCCUCCUUUGAAUCCUCUUCAGAAAGUGAUUUUGUUAUCGAAAGCCUCGUUACAACUGAAUCUGAAGCAGCCUCUGAGGUUCAACAAGCACUUAAAAUUGAUCCUCUCAAUAGCGACACCUCUGCGGGACACUGGUCUGUCACUCUUAAUGCAGGCAGCCAAGACAUUUCCUUCAAAAUCGACACAGGGGCCCAAGUGAACGUGUUACCCAAGAAACUCUACAACAAGUUAAACCAGCUCGCCCACGAAUCAAACAAACAUCAACCAAGUUGUCCGCCUACAAUGGGUCCUCCAUCCCUGUACAUGGAAAAUGUAUUGUCCCUAUUCAGUAUAAAGGACAAAAACACCACCUUCUCUUUAUCGUCGUAG